UAAAGUUUGCACGUUCUGUAGUCUAUAUAGUUGGUUACAUCUUGCACAUGAAUCCCACACACCUUAAAUUCCAAGAUUACCACAAUUCACUUGUUCUUGUCUCAAAUACGGAGAGUUUAUAAAUUACUAUAAGAACAUCCAAGCAUGCCAGGAGUUUUUGAUAGCUGGACAAACGAGCUAACCAAGCUGAGGGCUCAGACUCAAACCAUACUCUCAAGUGGCUCCAACCAAGCUGAUGAUCAGUCGGUCCGGUCCGACAAAAAUACUCUUGUUGAAUCAAAAUCACCCACCAUUAUUCAGUUCAUGCGAGACAACUUACAUCUGAAAUUCUACUACUCUGAGUCCGCGCUUUCUAUGAUGGUUCAAUGUUUUAGCCCUUGAUUAUCAUUAAACUUUUUAUGGUAAUUAUGCUUGUAGAUAUUUUUAAUUUCGUGUCAUUCUUAUGAUCCGGUUCAUAAGAAUCUAAAGUUGAGCACUAUGUACUGGUAUUUACUUACACGGUUAUGUGAUUCAUUUCCAUCUUUCCAGUCUCAUGUCUCUUACACAAAUUGUCUAUUAGCAUUAUUGUAAUUGAGCUUAGAUUUGACAAUUGUAAUAAAAUCUCAAGCACGUAAAAAAAAUUAUGGUCCUGAUAUAUCAUAUAUAGGGGCCGGACCGUUUGCAAUUGGGCGGGUGGCGCACUCAAAUCAACGGAAUUGCGACAGUUUUAGUUGACACUUUGCCGCUCUGAAUGCAACCUAGUCAACUAUAAGCUCUAUCACCACACUGAACAUGCUAUAUAUGGUUAAUUUGCAAAUUGAAGUUCACCAACGCGUCUAGAUCGAGUGCGAAGCUUAAGUCUUAAGGUGCCCCCUAUUCUACUCAAUCUAACAGGUUCAUGGAGUUGGAACUUGCUAUAUAACCAUGUAUUCAAGUCGAGUGUCUGACAUAAAAAAUCUGGCCUGGUCACUGUUUAGUUAGUUAAAAUCUCGUACAGAGUUUUCAGUUUCUCUGGGGAUGGGUUGGCUUUACGAUUCUUUUGUUUCCUUUUUUGGUAGGGAUACUAGAGAUGAAAAUUCAGCUACGGCUGCAACUCCCUCUUCAGCAACCCCUCCGGUUGCCUCCCAUUCUCCCUCCCACAGCGUCCCCAGGUCCGGUCCUGGUUCCAGCUCCACCAAGCCCCAACCAAGUCCACGUGUUAGCUCCCCGCCACUAUUCAAUGCCCGCUUGAGCCCAUCCUUAAGGCCCGUGUCAAGUCAACGCUUUAAAUCCUAUAUAAGUCCGCCUUUAAGCCCGGCCUCAAGUCAGCGCUUGAGUCCCAAUCCACAUUUUUAUUCCCCCUUAAGUCCGCCUUUGAGCCCUGCCUCAAGUCAACGUUUUAGCCCCAAUCGACACUUUAGUCCCAACAUAAGUCCAACCUUGAGCCGUGCCUCAAGCCAACGCUUGAGCCCCCCACAUUUUAAUUCCCGCUUGAGCCCACCCUUGAGCCCACCAUCUCCUCUGGUUUAUGAUCUCUUUCUCAGCUUCAGAUUCAAAGACACUGGAAAUAACUUCACCAGUCAUUUAUAUAAAGCUCUUAGUGAGGCCAGAAUACGCACUGCAGGUAGUCCUCGGGUUCCGCUAAGCAGCACAGAAAACAUAUCAAGUGAAUUCCAUCAUGCUAUUCGAGCAUCUGAGAUGUACAUCAUUAUCUUCUCAGAAAAUUAUGCUCAUUCAAUUUGGCUUCUCCAGGAGCUAAGACACAUCAUUGAGCAUUCAGAACUGACUGGCCGACCGGUCAUUCCUCUAUUUUACAAUGUCGAGCCACAUUAUUUACAACUUGAAGCUGAGAGGUUGGGAGAUGCUAUCCUUGAAAGCUAUGAAUACUCGGAUAAUAGCACUACACAUUUUAUGGAAAAGUGUCGUGUUGCACUAAGUACAGCCGCGGAGCUUCCAGGUGUCGUUAUAGAUGAUACUACGUCCGAGGCCAGAAUCGUUGAGGAUGUUGUUCGAGCUGUUCUACAACAUAUUGCUUGAAUAAUUACAUCAACGGAUCAAAUGCAAACCACAAACAAGAAAAUCGAUUGUCAAAGUGGGAAGUAGAACAAACCUUCCGCGGUUCCGGGGAAUAAGCUUCUACUAUGAUACAAGAGAAAUGAAUCUUCUGCUUAAAUUCUUAAUUUUACUUGUUUUCCUCUGCAAUAAAAAUAUUAUUAUAUUCAAUUUACUAUAUUAUAUAGCGUUUUUUGUCGAUUCUGCUAGAUAUUAGGAUAAAUCUGAAAUAAGGACUGUGAGUUCUGGGAUCGAAAACCGUAAUCGAACCAACAAUUCAGUUAUAAUUUUAAAUUUUUUGAUUCGAUUGUAAUUAGCUCGAUUUCGAUAACAAAACCGCCGACACAAAAACCAGAAAACAAAAAACAGAGAGCAGACUCACAUGACGUUACUAGCAAAUAAAACUAUGCACACAGAGAAAGAGAACAUGGUUUACACUUUACAAUACUGUUUCCUGGGCGAUACCGCCGGCUACCAGUGGUUUGAGUUGCUAGUUUACAAGUAGUUAGAUUAAAGUAUAUAAUACUACAACACUUCCUUUAUCUACAUGUAGUCAUGUAGUAGUCUAUAAAUAUGCAAAGUAUUGUACACACACCAAAGCACACAUAAAUCUCACACACUCGAGUCUACAAAGAAUUUUACUUCUACUACUAGUACUUGGAAUUAUAUUGAAGAAUGCCUGGAGUUAUGGACAGCUGGACAAACGAGCUAACGAAGCUACGAGCCUGGGGUCACACCAUGUUGUCGAGUGGUUCGAGCCAAAUUGAUGAGGCGGGUCAGUCGGAGAAAGUCGGUUCGAAGUCACCCACCAUAUUUGAGUUCAUGCGACUCAAUUCGCCGGUGAAAGUGAAUUAUUCGGAGGCCACGGUUUGCAUGAUGGUGGAGUGCUUUAAUCCGUAGUUGAUUUAAACUUGUGUAUUUGAUUAUUAUGUAUUUGUAAAUUUGUCAUGUCAUAAUUGGUCACUGCCUUUUAAGCCGUGAGCCUUUUGAAUACUGAAUCACAAGUGCUAUGGAUUUUAAGUUUUGUUUUGAUUUAAA